AUGGCAUCCUUUUUAUAUACCACCAUCACCACCAUCUCCCUCUUCCUCUUGUAUUCUGCACUUCUGCCUUAUCCUACACUUUCUGGCCGAGUUUUCAAUUCUUCUGUUACUCCAAACUUCACAGCUUCUUUUCUUCAGUUCGUAGACCAUUCUGGCGCGUUCUUGGCUUCAAAAAAUGGAUCUUUCCAGGCCCGAAUAACAAAUUCCAAACCCGAAUCACAAUCCUACUACUUCGUCAUAAUCCAUGUCCCAUCCAACACGAUAGUUUGGUCUGCCAAUCGCAAUACGCCUAUUUCAGAAUCUUCCGAGCUACGUUUUUCUCCAGAUGGGCUAACUCUAUACAAUGAUACACGCCACCCCAUCUGGUCAACGCCGAGCAAAAACAGACCCUCUUCUGUUUCAUCUUUGCAACUGCUAGAAUCAGGGAAUUUGAUCAUGGUCGAUGGUAUGAAUAAAACUGUAUGGGAAAGUUUCGAUUCCCCGACUGAUGUGAUUGUGAUGGAACAAGAAUUACGCGUCGGGAAAUCAUUGGUGUCUUCUGUAAACGAAGAGGACUUAUCAGAAGGUAGUUAUAGAUUUGUGAUUGGUGAAAAUGAUGCGAUGUUGCAAUGGAAUGAGAUGACAUAUUACAAAUUGUCGAUGGAUACGAAGGCUUUCAGGGAUACAAAUUUCGCGGUUGAGUACAUGGUCAUGAAUUUUACAGCAAUGUAUUUGAUGGGUUCAAAUGGUACUGUAGUUGUAAUACGAGUUAUCUUGCAUAAUUCUAAUGCUGCUGUUGAUGAUUCCUCUACUUUUCGAAUCCUUAAGUUGGAUCCUAAUGGCGUUUUCAGUAUUGUAAAGAUAGAUGCAAGGGAUAGAUCACAAAUUGAAGAGUUUAUGGGUCCAGCUGAUAAAUGCAGAGUUCCAUCUAUAUGCAGAAGGCUUUAUGUUUGUACCAAUGGAGGAAUGUGCCAGUGUGCGCAAGGAUUUCACAUUGAUCCGAUGAAGAAAAAUGGAGAUUGCGUGCCUGAUGAUAAUUCUUUGGAUCUGCCUGAUUCCUGUGACGGCUCCUCAUCAUCAAAUGGUACUUCAAUAAAGUAUAUGAGUUUGAGGGAUAAUUUGGAUUAUUUCUCCAAUGAUUUUAUGGAUCCUAUGUUGCGUUAUGUGAGUCUGUCUGUUUGUCAGGAUCUUUGCUCUAGAAAUUGCUCUUGUUUGGGUAUUUUCCAUAGUCAGGACUCGGGAUCUUGUUAUGCAAUUCAAAACUAUUUAGGUUCCAUUAUGAUAAAGUCCAAUCCGGCUAGAGAUGAGGAUCGUCUGGGAUACGUUAAAGUAAUGGUGGUCGAAAAUCCAAAUGGUGAUUCGGAGGAUAAGAAAUCCGAUUUCCCUGUUUUGGCAAUAGUUCUGUUACCAUCGCUAGGGGUUUUGUUAGUUGCCAUGGUACCAACUAUAAUUUGGUUGAGGAGGAGGAGGAGGAGAAAGUGGGCUAGAAAUGUAAAUAAAAAGUUGGGCCGUGCAAAUUCUUCGUCCUCUGCAGAGGGAGAGUUUGAAUUUUCUGGAAUUCCUGGUCUGCCUGUGAGGUUUAACUAUGAUGAGCUUGUGGCGGCAACUGAAGAUUUCAAGACUCGGAUUGGUUCUGGUGGAUUUGGGACAGUGUACAAAGAUUUCGGGCUCUCAAAACUGCUUAGCCCUGAGGAAUCUGGUUUCUUUACAACGCUAAGAGGCACGCGGGGGUACCUAGCACCAGAGUGGCUGACUAGCUCGGCUAUAUCAGACAGGACCGAUGUGUAUAGUUACGGAAUGGUAUUGCUUGAAAUCUUGAGGGGCAAGAAGAAUUCCUCGGCUCAAACCCCAAGCAAUAACAGUGCAGGAAACAAUAUCAACACUGGUAAUAACCAGCCCUCAUCUUCGUCUGGAGAAUCUGGACAUCGGCUAAUUUACUUCCCCCUCUAUGCAUUGGAAAUGCACGAGGAAGGGAGGUAUUCGGAGCUCGUGGAUCCUAGACUUGGUGGAAGGGUGAGAAUGGAGGAAGUGGAAAAACUAGUAAGAGUAGCUCUUUGUUGUGUGCAUGAAGAGCCAUCACUGAGGCCUUCAAUGUCUAACGUUGUUGGGAUGUUGGAAGGUGUUUUGCCUUUGGGCGAGCCAAGGAUGGAAUCCUUAAAUUUCUUGAGGUUUUAUGGGAGAAGAUUCACUGAAGCAUCUAGAUUGGAAGAAAACAAUGAGCAGAAUGAGUUUAUUUUGAACAGACAGCCAUUUGGUAACAGUAGCACUACUGGCUCAUACAAUUCUUUCUCCAAUACGCCAUCACAUCAACUCUCAUCACAUCAACUCUCAGGUCCUAGAUAG